ACUACUACUACUACUACUUAUAAUAAAAUAACUACAAAUAAAUUUGUUUGAUUGAUUGAUUAAACAUUGAAUGGCAACCAAAAAACAUCGGUUUAAGUUUGGUUUUGAGGCCAGCGAUGAUGUCGAUCCCGUAGUUGUCCGGCACAUGUAUAUUACGUGCGAAAAAUAUGUCUAUACUAUUAUAUUGCUAUACAUACAGUUGUCAUUUGGCAUUGCGUUUUCGGCAAUCGGACCGGCACUGGUAGAUUUGAAAUAUACAUUGGACACUACAAUGGACAGGGUGUCACUAAUAUUUGUACUACAAUCGGCUGGCAUACUAACUGGAUCACUAUUUGGCCUAUUGUUCAAACAUGUCAAUCGACAACUGGUACUGACUGGACUACUGGUGCUUAUGUCAUUGAGUACAUUGUUGAUACCGUUUUCCCAGCGUCUAUGGCACCUAUACUACUAUAACUAUGCAUUUGGUGUAGCAUCGGGCGCCUGGUUGAACAUCAAAAACGUCUGGACCAUUGAACUCUGGAAUCACCGAAGCGCUGCACCCCUACAGUUGUCGUCGCUGAUGUACGGUUUGGGUACAGUUCUCGGGCCACUGAUUGCCGAUCCGUAUCUUACCGGACACAACAACAACAACACUAUUACUACUACUAUUAUCACCACAAACGGGACACUUGUUGUUGUUGACGUAGAAGAGGAUCGUCUACACAAAAUUAGAUCACCGUUUGUUAUAUGCGCUAUCAUUGAACUAAUUGGACCAAUACUAUUGAUAAUAAUGUAUUUUUUGCGUAAAUACGAAAAAACUGACGACAACUACGAAGAAAUUGAUGACCAACGAGACAUCGACCGUAAGGCCAGUGUUACCGGCAUCAGACAUCUGCGGCCGGCUCUCAUAGCACUGGUAGCCGUAUUCUUGGCAUUUCAUAUGUCAUCCGAACAGAUUACCCAACAGUUUGGUGCCACCUAUUUUCAGGACAUACCAUUGAAACUGACGGCCAGCCAGUCGGCCGAACUUGUAUCAGCUAUGGCUGUGGCCGAUACUGUUGGUCUAGCCGUCAGUGUAUUCAUUGCAAACAUAGUUAGUCCACACUAUAUGCUUAGCUAUCAUUUGUUUAUCAUAUUUGUUGCCUUAAACAUACUGUUUCUUAACGAAUCCGCUCAAUGGCUUCUCUAUGCCGGCAGUCUAUCCUUAGCCUACGGCUACUCAGCUGUUUAUCCAUCAGUUUUUGCAUUGAUAUCACGUUAUAUCGAUGUUACCGACAGUGUCUGUACAAUAUUUAUCAUUAGCUCAGUCCUACUCAAUCUAUUUAUGCCAUUAAUCAUCGGUCUGUAUAUUGAACACUACGUACACGUAUUGAUGAUGUCUGUAUCGUUCAAUCUGGCCAUCAGUAUAAUUGUAUUCAUAUUUACCAUACAAUUAAUUAAUAAAUAUUGUAAAUAUUAAUA